AUGCAGCGAUUCAGUUACAACAACUCAGAGCCCAAUAACAACGCCGACAACCACCACAACACCAACAACCACAACAACCACCACCAAACCACCAACAACCACCACCACAACACCAACAACAACCACUACAGAAACACCAACCACCACCACUACAACACCGACAACUACCACCACCACACCACCAACCACCACCACAACAACAACCACCACAACACCAACAACCACAACAACCACCACCACAACACCGACAACAACCACUACAGAAACAACAACCACCACAACACCAACAACCACCACCACACCACCACCAGCACCACCAAGAUUUACCGUCAUGAUUUCCAUUAA